AGGUGAUUCGUUUAUCUCAACAUUCUUGUCAAUCCGUUCUUAGAUUAAGGAUGUAAAUUAUGGAUAAUUAUUAAUCUUUAAUAUAAAUGGUUAGAUUAAGGAGAUAAAUUAUGGAUGAUUAUUAAGUUUUAGUAUAGACUGCAGGAAAUAUAUAAAAUAUUAAGAGUAUUUUUGUAAGCAGGAACUUGGUAAAAUUAAAAGGAAAGAAAACACAAUUAAAGUGUUUUAAGGAAUUGCCCUAAAACUGCAGAAUUAUUUGGCUGGUUUAUACGAUAAAUAUAGGGAAAAUUUUACAUAAGGACACGUGGAUUUUACCAUAAAUAUGAGGACCCAUGGACCGGUAAACUGUUACUGCUCGGUCGACUCCAGUAACGUACGCCAGACGCGGCGCUGCCUCAACCGCAAGUUCCGACGUACCUUGGUGGCACGUGCAUGGGGUCGCCCCCUGCUUCGUGAGUCAAAACCUGCAGACAGAUUGCAGCAAGCAAUUAACUUCACACGUCUUUCUCAAUCAGUUCCUGCCUUCCUGGAUGGGAAAAAGAUGAACAAAGACAGUUCAUGCGCUUUGGUCCUUCAUUAGUGAGGAACGAAGAUCAUUAUGAUGUAGGUCGCGAGAGUAGUCAGGGCAUAGCAUAAGCAAGCAAUGUCAGUUCCUCUUGCUCCGUAUCCAACACCUCCUGUGCUAUCAAAUGGUGUACAAAGCCAGCUUGUGUGUUCAGGGUGCAGAAACCUCCUUGCGUAUCCUCUGGGAGCAGCAUCAGUAUGCUGUGCCGUUUGCAGUGCAGUAACUGCUGUGCCACCUCCUGGUACAGAAAUGGCUCGAUUAGUUUGUGGAGGAUGCCACACUCUCCUGAUGUUCAUACGCGGAGCAACUAGCGUCCAUUGUUCUUGUUGCCACACAGUUAACUUGGCUCAAGAAGCAAAUCAAGUGGCACAUGUAAAGUGUGGAAAUUGCCGUAUGCUAUUGAUGUACCAAUAUGGAGCAAGAUCAGUGAAAUGUGCAGUCUGCAACUUUGUAACUUCAGUUGGGACUUCCACAAGCACUGAUCGGAAACAAAGUAACUGAAUCCAUGGAGUCGAGGAUACGGCAGCAAUCAUUGCCCUCUUGAAUUCUCUUCUUCCAGCUCUUGCUGUGUUGUUUCCUUCACCUUCUUUGCAGCAGAAGAUUACAGAGCUUGUCUUCUGCUUUUACAGUUUGCGGUUUGCUGCAUGAAUGAGUGUGAAGUUCAUUUUAUGGAGUGCAUUUCAUAUUCUAAGAGGCUGAGAUCAAUGCGAGUUAUUAGU